AUGAAAACACUCUCAGGAAUUGUUCUUCUUGUGAUAUUACUAGCUCUUCCUUUCAUAGGAUCCGCGGUUCAGUUGCAGCACGAUAAAGUUCCAAAUGUAAGCUGCAUCAAGAGUGAGCUAAAAGCUCUUACCAAGUUCAGGGAAGUCCUCAUAGAUCAUUCAAACCGUCUGUCAGCGUGGGUUGGAGAAGAUUGUUGUACGUGGACGGGAGUGGAUUGCAGCAACAAAACAGGCAGAGUCUUGAAGCUUGAUCUACGCAAUCCAAUUUUGUUCAAUCUUGCUAUGUACAUCACCUAUGACAAUUAUACAACAUAUCACGAGAGAGCACGCUUGCAAGGUGAGAUCAAUCCUUCCAUACUUGAUUUGAAGCAUUUGAAUUACUUGAACUUGAGCAAUAAUGAUUUUUCAAGCAUGAAGCAGAUGCCAAGUUUCUUAGGCUCUCUUAAGAACUUGAGACAUCUUGACCUCUCCAAUUCGUUUUUCGAGGGACAAGUUCCCUACCAUCUUGGAAACCUCUCAAGGUUGCAAUAUCUCAAUCUUCACAUGAAUUCUCUACAUGGUCCGAUUCCUGAUGCUAUUGGGAGUUUGGCCUCUCUCACCUUCCUUGAUCUUUCUAAUAACUUCUUUGAUAUUUCAUUAAUGCCUAAUUGGGUAUGUCGGUUGAACAGCCUUUCUCAUUUGGACCUCAAUUCUAUGACCUUUCUAGGUUCAAUUCCUCCUUGCCUUGAGAAUCUGACUUCGCUUGCCGUCCUUAACCUCUCUACAAAUAGUUUUCAAGGUUCAAUUCCAAGUGAGAUGGGCAAUAUUACACAACUAAUUGUUCUUGACCUCUCUUACAAUGAGUUAGAAAAUGAAAUACCACGAACCAUCCAGAAUCUCUGCAAUUUGCAGUGCUUCUAUUUGUCUUACAACAAUUUCAGUGGAGAGGUUCCAUUUUUUGUGAGAAAUACAUCUACUUGCCUCCAAAAAAGUUUAAAGGCGUUGCAUCUUGGAUCAAAUUACUUCAGUGGCUUUCUGCCAAAUCACUUGGGAGAGUUUGAGAACCUAGACCACCUUCUUCUUCGUUCCAACUCGUUCAGUGGUCGGAUCCCAAUAUCACUUGGAAGACUGUCAUCAUUGAAAUGGUUGGAUAUUAGUGAUAAUCAAUUGAAUGGAAGCAUUCCCUCGAGUAUUGGACAACUUCCAAAGUUAGAGAGGUUAGAUAUCUCCAGUAAUUUAUUGUCCGGUGUGGUAUCUGAACGUCAUUUUGUCAAUCUGACGAUGUUGAGGGAAUUGUCAAUGUCUUGGAACUUGUUGAAAAUGAAGGUAGGCAACCAAUGGGUUCCUCCUUUUCAACUCCGAUUUAUUAGAAUGGCAUCCUGCGAAUUGGGACCUCAAUUUCCUCCAUGGCUUCAAACACAAAGACUUGUUGAAGUGCUAAUCAUUUCUGAAGCAAGCAUCUCAGAUACCAUCCCGGAUUGGUUUGAGAAUGUGUAUUCUCACAUCAACUACUUGAAUAUAUCACACAACCAGAUCAGAGGAAAAUUACCAAAAUUCCAAGAAUCUUAUGGUUUGAAUAGGGAGUUAAUUUUGAAUUCCAACGAAUUUGAGGGUCCGUUGACACCAUUUCCUUCAAAUGUUGUUGUGUUGGAUCUUUCCAACAACUCACUUUCAGGACAUAUUCCUCUCAAUGAUGGAAGUAGGAAUGCCAUAUUGGAAGUUCUUCUUCUUUCGAAAAACCGUUUGAGCGGUGGCAUUCCAACGUAUUUAUGCGAGAUAAAGACCAUGCGGUUUAUUGAUCUCUCAAACAAUAAAUUAUCUGGAGGACUCCCUUCGUGCGUGGGUGACUUGUAUAGAUUGGAGGUGCUUGAUCUGUGGAAUAACAGUCUAUAUGGUGAAAUUCCCAAUUCUUUGGGUUCCCUUCGACAACUCAAUUCUUUACGCUUGCGCAAAAAUAAAUUUCAUGGGAAGUUCCCUAUAUCUAUGCAGAAUUUGACAUAUCUGCACAUCCUAGAUCUAGGUAAAAAUGAAUUGACCAACUUUAUCCCUCCGUGGAUAGGAGAAAAGCUACGAAAUUUGAAAUUUUUGGCUUUUGAUUAUAAUGAGUUAUAUGGUGAUAUUCCUCCACAGCUCUGCCAACUCUCUGAUCUUCAAGUGUUAAACUUGGCACAUAAUAAUAUAACUGGACCUAUCCCUCGCUGUUUCGGCAAAUUCUUUGGUAUGGUUGUGAAUCACGGGCUUGAGGAACAUGUGAAAUAUGGUGUCGAUAUAAACUAUGAGGAAAGCUUUGAACUUGUGACUAAAGGACGUGAAUUUGUUGUUUUCAUUUAA